AGCACUGCCACUGCCCAAAGGGUGGGUGCUGGGGUGCAGCUGUGCAGCGUUCCCACAGAGCUGGCUCAGACUGUGAGUCCGCAGGACAAGGUUCUGCUUCAGCACAGGAGUGAGAUUUGCCAGACUGCUCUAAGAUGUCUUACAGAAAGGAGCUAGAGAAAUACCGGGACCUGGAUGAGGACAAGAUCCUCGGAACCCUCACAGAGGAGGAGCUCAGGAAGUUGGAGAAUGAACUGGAAGAGCUGGACCCUGAUAAUGCAUUGCUGCCGGCAGGGCUCCGACAGAGGGAUCAGACGCAAAAGCCACCAACUGGCCCGUUCAAAAGGGAAGAACUCAUGGCCCACCUAGAGCAGCAGGCAAAAGACAUUAAGGACAGAGAGGACUUGGUGCCUUUCACUGGUGAAAAGAGAGGAAAAGCUUGGAUCCCCAAGCAGAAGCCAAUGGAUCCUGUUCUGGAAAGUGUGACCCUGGAGCCGGAGCUGGAGGAAGCCCUUGCUAACGCCUCUGAUGCAGAGCUCUGUGACAUUGCUGCCAUCCUUGGCAUGCACACCUUGAUGAGUAACCAGCAGUACUACGAGGCACUGGGUAGCAGCACCAUUGUGAACAAAGAAGGACUUAACAGCGUGAUAAAGCCCACAAAGUACAAACCAGUUCCUGAUGAGGAGCCAAACUCAACGGACGUGGAAGAAACUCUGAAACGAAUACAGAACAACGACCCUGAUCUUGAGGAGGUCAACCUGAACAAUAUUAUGAAUAUUCCCAUACCAACUUUAAAGGCCUGUGCUGAAGCACUGAAGACUAACACUUAUGUGAAGAAGUUCAGCAUAGUUGGGACGAGGAGCAACGAUCCUGUUGCUUUUGCUCUGGCAGAAAUGCUGAAGGUCAAUAACACGCUGAAGAGCCUGAAUGUGGAGUCAAACUUUAUCUCUGGGUCUGGCAUCCUGGCUCUUGUUGAAGCACUCCAGAGUAACACAUCCCUCAUAGAGCUCCGAAUCGACAACCAGAGCCAGCCUUUGGGCAACAACGUAGAAAUGGAAAUUGCGAACAUGCUGGAAAAAAACACCACCCUGCUGAAGUUUGGGUACCAUUUCACUCAGCAAGGUCCCCGGCUCCGCGCAUCCAAUGCCAUGAUGAAUAACAAUGACCUAGUGAGGAAGAGAAGACUGGCCGAGCUGAACGGGCCUAUUUUUCCCAAGUGCAGAACUGGAGUGUAGCUGCCAGCCACGGAGGUCAUUCCCAGCGGGUCUGUGCUACUGUGACAACCUAAAGGCAAAGAAGUGCCUCGAGAGAGUUAUUUGUGGUGCCUCGGUUCUGUUUCAUGCACUAACAGUUUAAAGUAACUAGUGGCUGUAGUUGAAGAGUUUUAUCCAGUAGCACUGUUGAUGUUUUCUGUAGAGCUGGAAACUAUUCAAGCCAGUAACCUGCCGAUGUUGUGCAACCUCAGCUGAGCGUACACCCCGGUGUAAAAGUAACUGCAGUGACCUGGGACCUCAUUUUUCUAUAAACCUUCUGCACAGUGUUUCACGGAGGCAGCAUGUGGUACGAUGAGUGAGAGAUACAACUCUUCCACACAAAUUACAGAAGUAUUAGAAAAAUACUUUAUUUUUUUUCCCAAAAUGAUCUCAAGUAGCUGUAGAGGAGCAACUAGUUUAACAAGAACUUCUACUAUUCAGAAACAUGGCUAAAUUAGAUAAAUGCAAAGUGUAUUUUUUUUAACCAACAUCUGCCGAGUCAGUUACUUAGAGGUGCUGCUUCUCAAAUGAAUCCCCAUGUUUCUUAGAAAAGACUGAUCCCCCCCCAUCGCCAUGCAGUUAAGUAGAACUUAAGGCCACCAAUUGUGAAAUAAGAGUCUCAAAAACUGAGCACUGGAGAAUGGUUUAGCAUCAUUCUACCCCAUAUGUGUAUUUGAAUAAAAACAUCACUUUUAGGGAUCUGAUGCAAAUCCUGAGUUUGGCCUGAAAUAGCCAAACUAAUCAGUAAAUGAGAGUCCUCUCUUCUAAUCCCCACAUUUUCAUGACUUUAAAAGUGCACGUCCAGAUUCUCACUGGAAACAAGUCAAAUCCCCUUUCUUUGCUGCUUUAUCAAGAUGACCCCGUCCAUCAAAUUUUGUUAUGCUGCAGAUUGUUUUGCUUAAUGCCACCCCUAACAUAUGAUGGGCAUAAAUGCAAGGCUAAACACCGUGUCCUCACAAAGCUGCUAACAAACAUCAAUAUCCUGACUCUAAACUUAGACUGCGCACAGCCUGAAGCCUCUCUGUUGUUCCUAGAGGAGUAAUUCCCCCUGGGGAUACGCACCUCCAAGGCACGCAGAGCAGAGGACCCAGGACAAUCCCAUCCGACAUCCCUGCUAGGAUCCCGACCGAUAGGAAGACUUGCCAGGCAAAAGCAUUGCUGUGCAAAAGCCUUAUUCUUGGUCUGACAACAACACAUCCUAGCAAGAGUUCUCGCCUACAGUAACCUACCUGCACAGAUCUGUUAAAAGUAGUUCUGCAGCCUCCUACACAUAACUCCAGCAAAAGCCCCACAGAUUUCUACAGAGCUUGUGCACAAACAUCAUGCACUUUGGCUCUGGCCAACAGAGCAGAGAAACACUGUGCUUCCAUCAGUGUGGGAAAAUUUGUUGUUCUUCAAAGCUUAAUAAAUGUGCCAGCAAUGCCAAAUAAAA